AUGCUAAGCCUCGGAAUACGGAGUAUCGCGUUCGAUGACCAUGUCAUCCAGGCGCUAAAUGCCUUUCUCCAUGCUAGCGAUACGAGUAUUGAUUUUCUACUGGCUGGUCUGUGGGCAUUAGUGCUGCGCCAGUAUUCUGAGGUUGACACGGCUCGGUUUGAGGUCUCGAAGAGCACAUGUGACAAGGGACAGAUUUCUGGGACAACAAAACGUAUUUUCAGUAUCGCCUUGAACCAUUCUCAUCCUAUAUCGUCAUUGUUUGAUGUCAGGAACUGGGAUAUCCGAUGCGACGAGCAGAAGAGCUCGGAUUCCUUCAAUACGGGCAUUUUCGUGGUCGACAGGCAGGAAACUGGAAUACUACUCCCAGAUAUAGAGUAUCACGAUGUCAACCUGCUCCUACAGUCCGAUAGCACACUUCCAAAACUGUGCAUGGUCUAUCGUGCAAGCACAAUCGCUACGACAUACGCGCAGCAUCUGGCAAAUGGAAUUGCCCAUGCAAUUGUAUUCAUAUCGGAAAAUCCGACCCUGUCCAUUCGCGAAGUAGACUUUUGCUGCUCAAUCCAGAAGGCACAAGUCUUUAGCUGGCAAAGGGAGAGAAUUAUUCCGCCGGCUCGGUCAUUUCUAUUCGAAUACAUAAGUGAAAACGCGGCGGUACAAAGAAAUACAGUUGCCGUGGACUCAUGGGAUGGACGAUUCACUUAUGCAGAAUUAGACGAGCUUUCCACACAUAUGGCCACCCUGUUCCAAGGCCGAGGCAUCGGAGCUGGCGAUCUGGUACCGAUUUGUUUUGAGAAGACAAAAUGGGCCAUUGCGGCUAUACUGGCCAUUAAUAAGUCUGGGGCUGCCUUUGUCCCAGUCGACGCGGCGUAUCCUCAAAGCAGACUGGAGACGAUCAUUCGGAGGAUAGGAGCCCGUGUGGCUAUCGUUUCCCCAAGAACUGAAUCCAUAUUCCGUCUACUGGGGCUGCCAGUUAUCGUGGUUUCCAACGCAAUGCGUGCCUGCUGUCUCCCGCGUAGCAAGCAAUAUACGGUUCCGGACAACGCUCUGGCUCCAGCCUACUGCCUUUUUACUUCGGGGAGCACGGGAGACCCGAAAGGUUGCGAAGUGAGUCAUGUGGCUUUUGCCAGUAUUGCGACUCAUACACGCUCGCUACAUCUCAGUCAGCAAAGCCGCAGUUUGCAGUUUGCGUCCUUUUGUUUCGGUGCCUCUUUGCUGGAAAUUUGGUGCACCUUGGUUGCUGGAGGAACCCUAUGUAUUCCAUCAGACCAUGAUCGUCUUAAUGACCUCGGGGGGUUCAUGACAAAGAUGAAGAUCACUUGGGCUUUUAUUACACCUACAGUGCUUGCAUCUAUAUCUCCUGAGAACCUGGAAAAUCUGUGCCUCUUCGUUGCAGGCGAACCUAUUGGAGAACGCGACAUCGGAACAUGGGCGCGGAAGGUACAGCUCUAUCAGGCGUACGGCCUGACGGAAUGGGCCGGGGUCUUUGCUGUCUCGAGGCAAAUACGCACACCUGAGGAUAGGAAAUCAAUCGGUUAUCCAGUAAAUGCCAGGGCCUGGAUAGUGGACCCGUCAGAUCACCGAAAGCUGGCACCCAUAGGAGCGGUAGGUGAACUCGUGAUUGAAGGGCCAAGCCUUGCACAGGGCUACUGGGGCGAUCCAGAAAAGACGACAUCACUGUUCCUCCAGCGCCCGCCGUGGCUGGUGUUGCCGGAUUCGACAAAGGGGGAUGGCAGCGAACCUCAAGUAUACAAAACAGGGGAUCUGGUCCGAUAUGGCGAGGACGGAUCACUGCUAUACGUGCGGCGGAAGGACAAUCAAGUAAAGAUUCACGGUCAGCGACUGGAGAUCGGUGAGGUUGAGUAUCAUAUCAGACAACUCUUCCCCGGGGCCAAGACGGCGAUAGUCAUGGUUCACGAACCCUCCGACGCAGGCAGUCACCAGCGAAAUCUCAUUGCUCUCACUGUCCAUCCGGGUAAGAACGGCCACGCUGGCUUUUCGCAAGGAGAAAUAGGGUUCAUGGCGAUAGACCAAGAGUACCAAUCGCAGGUGGAAGAUGUCAAGGGCGGCCUACGAUCUCGCUUACCUGCCUUCAUGAUUCCGCAGCUCUUUCUUCCGCUCAGUCAGAUCCCUACCACGAUUACAGGCAAAGCUGACCGCCGGUCUUUAUCCCACUACGUGAACAAGCUGUCUUACGCUCAGCUUAAUGCCCUCACUACUCAGGAGGAAAGGACAAGAGCAGCACAGGACAAGGUCGAAGACGCAAUUCAUACAGCCGUGUGUGAUGUUUUGGGUCUGGCUCCGGGGCGCUUCGGCAUGCUCGACAAUUUCUUUCAUCUUGGUGGCAAUUCGGCGUCUGCCAUGAGGCUUACCAUGUCCCUUAAACGGCGAGGGCUUCGGUUGACAAUUCGCGACGUCUUCGAUUACCCAGUGUUAGCUGAGCUUGCGUCUGCUGCAAGCCUAAGCAAUGGGUGCGAAGGCCCAGAGGUCCGGACCAUGCAAUUGCUGGAGCCAGGAUCGGUCUCUGAGUUAAAGCAACUGGCAGUCUCGCAGUGCCGUAUUGAUGAAGACGUCGUCGAAGACAUUUAUCCGCCCACAGCCCUUCAAGAAGGGCUUAUCGCCAUGACUGCACGGGACCCUUCACUUUACAAGGCGAGGGUAAUUUGCAAGCUGCGCCCCAAUGUAAAAAUUAGCACACUUAGCACAGCCUGGGAGCGUGUGGUACAGCUCAACGACAUACUGCGCACUCGAUUCAUCGUGUCGCCCUCGCAUGGGACAUUUCAAGUGGUUUGCAAGACGUCCUCCACAUGCUCACAUGUCCAUAACCUGGAGGACUGCAUACGACAAUCAGAUGAUCUUACGCACAGCACUGGAGACAAUCUCGUGCAUGCGUACAUCAUUCCCGACAAGGAAGACAGAGAAUCAGCAUCAGCCUUUGUGUUUGUCGUUCAUCAUGCUCUCUGUGAUCAAUGGUCCAUUCGCUUGUUCCUGGACCAGCUGACCGCUGCAUAUGCACAGUGCAAGCUUCCGAGGAACCGAUUCAGCGCGUUCAUCAGAUACCUCUCGAAUAGGAAGCCUGGAUUCAAAGAAUACUGGAUUAGGCAGUUCCAAGGCCUCGAGGCGGUUACGUUUCCUCCUCUGCCCUCACCCUCCUAUACUCCUGUGGCUAGCGAGCAGCUAGAGUACGUAGUGAGCCUUUUCGAAAAAUCUCACCCGCGGAUUACUACAGCAAGCUACGUUAAGCUCGCAUGGGCUGUCGUUCUCUCCUGCAAUACUGGUGUCAACGAUACUGUUUUUGGCAUGACAGUCAACGGCCGAGGUGCUGCUGUCGACGCGGUCGGUGAAAUGACCGGUCCAACGAUCGCUACUAUUCCACAGCGUAUCAAAUUGUUGCCGGAGCAGACUGUCAUGGGUACAUUGGUGGAGAUCCAGGCUCACUCUUUGGAUGUCAUUCCUUAUGAGCAAGCCGGCCUACUGAAUAUUCAAAAGUACUCGCACGAGGCAAGGUCGGCCUGUAUGUUCCAAAGCCAGCUGAUCAUCCAAUCUUGUCCUCCAAGCCUUCCAGAUCUCUUCGAGGCCUGUGAGUGUUCGGCAACUCAAAUAGGAGGAUUCUCUGCUUACGGUCUCUCACUCGAAUGUCAGAUGACGGGCGACGAUCGGCAUUGCGAAGUGACUGCCACCUUUGAUCCGGGCAUGAUCAGUCGAGAGCGUGUGCAGAGGCUGCUUCAACAUCUAGAAUUAGUCUUGCAAGAAGCCAUGUCAGAUCCUACACGGGCAGUGGGCGACUUGCCACGGAUGAGUCGCCAAGAUUGGGAUCAAAUACACCGAUGGAAUGGCCGCUUACCCCCAACCUCGAUGCAGUGCGUGCAUGAUGUUGUCUAUGAACGUUAUCUAGAGUAUCCCAAUGCCUGUGCUGUAACUGCUCCAGAUGGAGACCUCUCCUACGCCGAGCUGAUGCAGUCUGCAAACAACCUGGCGGCCCAAUUGGUGACUCGCGGCGUCAAACCUGGGAGUUUCAUUCCAAUGUUCUUCGAGAAGUGCAAGUGGUCGCCAGUGGCCAUGUUGGGUAUUUUGAAAGCAGGCGCCGCAUUCGUCCUCCUUGACCCCACAUACCCUCUUCAGCGCCUCCAUGCAAUAUGCGAUGGCUUGAGGAGUGAGAUCGUACUGUGCUCAAAGAAUAUGCGCGAGAGGGCGACCUCGCUCACUUCCUCGGCUAUAGCAAUUCACGAUCAUGCCGAAUGCCUGGCAAAUGUUGCCAGCGCCACCCUCCCGGUUGUCAGUCCUGGGGACCCAGCAUAUGUUGUGUUUACAUCUGGGUCAACAGGUACUCCCAAAGGAGCGACUAUAGACCAUCAAUGCUAUUGUUCCAGCGCUGUAGCCCACAACCGCCAGCACUGCCUUGAUCGCGACUCGAGAGUGCUGCAGUAUGCUUCUUAUGCGUUCGAUGUGAGUAUCAUGGAAACGCUCAGUACUCUAAUGGCCGGUGGAUGUGUCUGCAUACUAUCUGACUCGGAGCGCCAUGAUCACUUCGCCGACUCCAUUCAGAGAUUAGCUGUUACACAUGCGUUUUUGACUCCUUCUGCGGCCCGACUGCUCAUGCAUCGAGAGCUUCCGUCACUACGCGUGCUCGUCAUGGGUGGCGAGGCAAUGUCACCGGCUGACUGCAGCUAUUGGAUGAAACGCGUUCGGUUAAUGAAUGAAUACGGCCUUGCUGAAUGCGCUGUCGCGUCUACUAUCAGGGAGGUCUUAGAUGUGGACCAGAGAAACAUUGGCUUCCCGAUGGGCGUCGCCACCUGGAUCGUGGAUCAGAACGAUCACAGAAAUCUAGUCGCCAUCGGAGCCAUUGGAGAGCUCUUGAUCGAAGGCCCGUGUGUCGGUCGAGGAUACUUGGAUAACCCGGAAGCCAACCGACGGGCAUUCAUCGAUCAGCCGGAUUGGCUGCGAUCUGUGCGCCAUGGAAAUCCAAGUCGGGUGUACAAGACUGGGGAUCUAGUCCAGUACAACGAGGAUGGCUCGUUGAAUUUCGUAGGUCGGAAGGACUCUCAGAUCAAGAUCCGAGGGCAGAGGUUCGAGUUGGAGGAGGUUGAACACCACCUUCGCCGGAUCGACCAGAUUGAGGGAGCAACGGCAGUGGUUGCAGCGCCUUCGGAUAGGCAACAACAGUCAUAUCUGAUCGCAUUCGUUGUCCCGAGUCGCCGCGAAACCUUCUGUGUCCACUCGACAAACGGACUGAUUACGCAUCCUACAGAAGAAUUCUGCCGCCUGGCAACAAGCGUUCAGUCGAAACUCCACUCGAUCCUUCCAACUUACAUGGUGCCGUCGAUAUAUCUUCCAGUCACCCAAUUGCCAAAGACAAGCAGCGAUAAAGUCGACCGCUGCAGACUGAAGACGGAGGUCAGGAAAAUGACUUGGUCACGUCUGCAGGUGUACAGUGUGUCGAGCACUCCCCACAGAGCUCCGUCCACCGGUGUCGAGCAAUAUUUACAGCAGGUGUGGGCGCAAACCCUCGGAGUUCCUCUGAAUAGCAUUGGUGUGGAGCAUAGCUUCUUCCACCUGGGAGGCGACUCCAUCACUGCCAUGCAAGUUGUUACAGAAGCACGGUCUCGUGGCCUGGGACACACUAUCCAGGACAUAAUGGAACUCAAGACCAUCGAAGCAAUUGCCAAAAAGAUUGGAGCGCUUCCUUCGAUCAUCGCCCAGCCCGCUGUACAGGACGAGGUGACGGAUAAGCUGUUUGGCUUAACACCCAUUCAAGAGUACUUUUUCGAAAAGUACCCUGACGGAACACAUCGAUUUAAUCAGAACAUCCUUGUCCAUUUACAAAAGCAAGUUGCAGAGAGGGACGUGGAGAGAGCGGCGACGAUGUUGGUCAGAAACCAUGCGAUGCUACGGGCUCGCUAUGCGCGGCAGGAGGACGGGUCAUGGAAGCAACGCAUCGAACGCUACAGUGACCAAUGCUUUCGUUUCAAAGCGCACAAGGUAAAUUCUGUGGAGGAGAUCCGCCAUAUAAUCGGCCAGAGUCAGAGAUCGAUGGACCUGGAACGUGGGCCCGUCUUUACGGUAGAUCUGUUCAACCGCCAUGGUCAUCAAUCUCUUUUCAUAAUUGGGCAUCACCUGGUCCUCGACCUCGUCUCCUGGCGCAUUAUCUUAUCUGAUCUGGAGGCGACGAUUCUGGACACUCAGCACCAGCCCCAGCUCACAAUGCCCUUCCAAACGUGGGCUCGCCUGCAGGCUGAGUAUGGCGCACGACAUCUUGAGCCAAUCCCUAUCUCCCAGGUUUACAGUAUAGACGAGCCGUCCAUGAGAAAUUUCUGGGGAGCGGAGAACAAUGCAAACGCAUGGUGUGACUCCAAGACUACGCUGAUCCGCCUGAGUGAACAAAUGACAAAUAUGCUCUUUGGGCCUUGCAUUCAAGCUCUGGACGUCGAACCGGUAGAGCUCCUGCACGCUGCUAUCCUCUUCUCUUUCGUACGCACCUUCCCGCAGCGCCCUGCUCCGUUCAUUUUCGGUAAAGGCCACGGCCGGGAGAGCUGGGAUUCGUCAAUUGACGUUACCCGGACGAUUGGCUGGUUCAACACCAUGUGGCCCGUGGUAGCGCAGGUCAGCCCGUCUGAAAAUUUUGAGACGACUUUGCAUACCGUGCGGCAGGCUAUACGGGCAAUGGACAUGCACGGAUGGAAAUAUUUUACCUCUAUAUACCACAACACCAAACGGGAGAGAUGCAGGGCCGGGGUGUGCCCAAUGGAGAUUACCUUCAACUACGCGGGCAGGAGGUUCCAGCAGAUUGAGUGUGACGGGUCCCUCUUCCGCAUGGAGCCCAUGGCACAGCAGAGCCUCUUUGAUGGCGCGAACGAGCUCGGCAGGUGGGCCAUGGUCGAGGUUAAUUCGAUCAUCCUUAACGGCAUGUUGGAGUUUCAUGUCUCCUAUAAUCGGGGAACUGAUGAGGAUCACGUAUUGACUCCGUGGAUGGAUAGUCUCUUCAAGUGCCUUGAAGAUCUUGCGAGCGGGUUUGUUUAG